AAAACUGUGAGAAAAACGCGAAGAUUGAACGACAGAAGACACUACUAUUGGCGCUUACGUCACACACGACUAGGCGGAGUGAUACGGCAUCAGCCAUCCAGGGAGGGAGAGUGGCGCGUGGUUCGUUCCCAUUCAGUCCACUGCAAAACGUGUCGGGUCUAAGAUAGGUGUUCGGGUUGCGUACAACCUCAUGCAUCUUCCUCGUGAUCGGCACGGCAACUCUGCCGUUCGUACAGACAUGAUGACCGACUUUCUUCUAUCGGGCGAGCGUGCACUGAGUGAAGUGCUCAGCGAACACCCUGGUGAAUUAGUUAGGACAGGAAGCCCAAAUCUCGUAUGCUCAGUGUUGCCAUCUCACUGGAGAUCUAACAAAACUCUACCUGUGGCCUUUAAGGUUGUGGCCCUAGGUGAAGUGACUGACGGCACCCUGGUCACUAUCAGGGCCGGAAAUGACGAGAACUUCUGUGGCGAAUUAAGAAAUGCAUCGGCUGUCAUGAAAAAUCAAGUAGCCAAGUUUAACGAUUUGAGAUUCGUGGGAAGAAGUGGAAGAGGUAAAAGCUUCACGUUGACCAUCACAGUCAGCACGAGUCCUCCUCAAGUGGCAACAUAUUGUAAAGCAAUCAAGGUGACCGUUGACGGACCAAGAGAACCACGCAGUAAGACCCGGCAGCAACAACAGUUACGGGCGUUUGCCAGUGCCUUUGGACAGCGUCCGACAUUUCUCGAUCCUCUUCGAGAAUGGGAACAUUUGAGGAGGAAGACAGCAGAACAGUGGGCUCUCGAACUUCCACGUCGAAUGCCCGCACCUCCCGGUCCUGCCCAAGAUCCGACUCAAGCACUUCAUCUGACUGGAACUGAUGCCCAUUGGACACCAUAUGCUUCCCAUUACACACCUUAUCUGACACCAGCCUCGUCUUUACAAGGUUCUGGCUUCAGUGGUUCGGCUGCUGUCACUUACCAAUUAGACGGAGCCCUAGCAGGCACGUCGGCAGCAUCCCAUGACACCUGUACGUCAGGCAGCCAACUGACAUCCGGUCUUUCGGAAAGAGGUCCUACAACUCCAGCCGGUUUUCCCUCCCUAACCGAAUCCAACAGUAGUCUACUCAAAGCGGAUUCUCUUCUAGUUUCACGAUACAACAAUGCUCUAGCAGCGGCCGAUCUUUGUCUUACUGAUAGACUGAGUGAAUUACGUCAGGGAUUGGGUGGAGUAACUAACCAACAAACACCGUCGACAACGGUAUCGUUACUUCCCGGCACUACAACUAGUCCCUACUUAUCUGCAAGCCAUCCAGGCUACAGUCUAUUAUCGUCUCACGGUUACUACAGCAAUGGAAAUAACACUAGUGCUUCCUCGACGGGUAUGUACAUUGGAUCACCGGUAGUACCACCAUCACUGCUAUAUCCGCAGCUGUAUAGCCACUCGUCUCUUCACCUAUUAGGAAACGAGUUAAGAUCUGCAACUGAAGCUAGCAUAUCUCAGCGAUCGGAAGUUAACGUUUCGGGAAGAUCCGCAGAUUUCCCUGAUGGUAACGGGGAAUCUCGACAGGCAACACCUACAGCGGGAGCCAUGUUUAAUUCCACGACUAACGGUCAUUCGGACCCGACCUUAUGGAGACCUUAUUAGAAUGUAGAAACUUAUUUUAAGAACGGAUGUGUAAAUAGCUAUAUCACAACGACCUCAUCAUCAUCGUUAUCAUCCCCCCUUCGUCCUCAGCAGUAAUUUUGUAUGAAUGUUGAGAUGGUGAAGCAAUAAAUACAAUAUCCCUAUCAUA